AUGGGCGUCAAUAGGCUAACAUUUGGAAUGGAGAGAGUGUCAAGAUAUGCGGUUCUGAGGAAGUGGAAAAUUUCGGAUGCCCUGCUUUGUGUUUUAUUUUUCCUGAUUAACAUUCCUAUAUAUCAUGCAGAUCCUUUUCAAAGGCAAUUUUACGUGAACGACCCAACCCUGUCGCACCCUCACGCAACCACCCAAAGAGUAAAUGAAAAUGCUUUACUGGCUUACAGUCUUGCUCUCCCAGCUAUUGUUAUAAUUGUUGUAACGCUCCUGAUUGCUGACCCUAAGCACAAGGUUUAUCUCUUAUAUGUUUCUCUUUUGGGGCUUAUUCUUUCCUGGACUUUCACUUCACUUUUGACAGACUAUCUCAAAAACUGGAUUGGUAGACCGCGUCCUGACUUUAUCGCACGCUGCAAACCUAAGAAAGGAACUCCUCUUGAUACACUGGUGACUGCAGCUGAUGUCUGUAUGACAAAAAAUUUGCCACGAUUAAUGGAUGGCUUCCGUUCAACACCCAGCGGUCACUCUAGUGAGAGUUUUGCGGGUUUGGGCUAUCUGUACCUAUGGUUGAGCGGUCAACUACUUACGGAGAACCCCAAGGUUGGUUAUUGGAGAUCGAUUGUGGCUUACGGCCCCUUGAUUGGCGCAGCAACUAUUGCUAUUUCUCGCACAGAAGAUUACAGGCAUCACUUUGUUGAUGUUUUGCUUGGCAGCUUGAUCGGACUGGUCAUCGCCUAUAAGACAUAUUUCAGGAACUUUCCUGCUUUGUCAAGUGAAAUUCCGUUCAAGCCUCUUCUUGAUGAUAGCGACGUUAGUCUCGAGGCUUUUCACGCUAUCAACGAAGUUCAAGAUGAGGAAGCCACACCAUUGAGGGAGGCAUGA